CUGUGCCGGGGCGGAGCAGUUUGACCAAGUUUGACAAUCGCGCUCGUCUUUCGGGAGAGGCGCGUUUCUUCCUGGAGUUUCCCCGGCCGUGUGCACCGGUUCUGUCGCGCGGAACGAGUUCCCCGCGAUGACGUCGAAAUUGAGGAACAGGGACUGCGCGAAUAAGAUCAGGCACGGCGCGCCCAAGCUGCAGGAGGUGCUGCGAGAGAGAUGUCGCCAGAGAAUGCGAGACAAGCGGAGCCAGCUGUUUGACAGACACAGAUUCGGCGUGGAGUCCCACUCGAAACCUGUGCAGGACUCAUUGACGGAGAUAAUACGGCAAGAAUUCAAGAAUCUAGCGACAGAAGAGAACAACGGCGCGAGUCUUACGUUCAAAGAGAUUGACGAGCCACUGACUCAGGACGAAGCGAUUGAAUUAGAAAAUGAAAUUGUUUUCGAAGAAGAACAAUGGAUAUUCCAAGAAUAUGAGAAGAUCUUGCAAGACGAGAUUGAAUACUUUGCGAUGUACGCCGACAACGAGAAUAAAGAGGUAUUCUGUCCCAUAUGCCAGAAAGCCAUACUAGCGGAGGAAAAUAAUUGUGUAAAUUGUCCAGUCUGCGGACUAAAACUGACCGGUCGUACCAUGCAAGAAGUGAGGCAUCUGAUUAACCAGAGUGUAAAUACCCAUGCGUUCAAUUGUGUCCAAGUGCCGGUAUUCAUGGUAAUACCUGAAAAUUGUAAAAUCAACUUGUAUCUAAUAUGCCACGGCUGUUCCACCUUGGCGUUGAUCUGCUGAUCACUUAACUGGCGGUCCUUCAAUUUUCCACGAUGAAAGUGAAGCUGCUGAAUAAUUAACCAUUACUCUUUCGCAAAGAUAUUAAAUGUUGUCGAUGCCAACGUGUCCAAAGAUCACGAGUUAACACCGGUGGACAGACGUUAGAAUUCGCAUUAGAACCAGAGCUUCAAUGCCAAUUGUAAUUCUUUUAUAUUAGACUUUUGUAAGGAAAUAUUUAUAAACCUAGCUUAUUUAUAUCGUUUUAAUUUAUAAAAACCAAUAAAAAUUAAUUGUCAAGUUACGUUAAAUAAUAAUAUUCAUCGGAACCUUCCAAAUCUGUCACUUUCAACACAAACUAUUUCAGAGUAUCGCAAAAGAGUAUGUCAUUUGUACUCCAAUUGUUUUAAUUUCAAUAUAAGUAAUUGUCAUUUGAUGCAAUUAUUUAUAUUAGUUAAAAGCAACGACACGAGAAGGUGCAGAGAAGAAAAACGCACUAAGUUUGGAUUUCCUCAUGUUGUUAUAACAUCUGAAUAAUAACAUGUAAAUCUGUAUGAUUAUAUGAUACAUAUUGUACAAAAAAAAAACAUCCCUUCGAUGAGUUUACUUAUAUAUUAUUUAUCACUUAUGCAUUGUACAUACAUGAUGUAAGUUAAGUGAGGGCCUCUACAUAUUGUAUAAAAAAAAUAACGUCCCUUAUGCUCUUAAAAUAAAACAAAUUAACAGAGUAUACCCAAUGAAAUGUCAAUUUGAAAAAGAAUUUAACUCUCGAAGAAUCAACUAACUUGUUCUCUUUUAACAUUGGACUAUGUACAUUUCGCAUCAACAAAAAUGUUACAAUAUGCAGAGGCCCUUCAUAGUUUAAGCUAUAUUCGGUACUCAAACCUUUGCAAAUGAUUUGUACAUUAUCACAUGAAUUUCCAUAUUAAAGAUCUCAUUUUUUAAUAGUGUGAACAUGUAACUUAUGAGCAACCCCCUUUUUAUCGUCUCCACGCACUUAUUAGCUAUAUAAUACACCUUUUGCUAGUGUAGUUGUGCAAUAUAAUUUAAUAGUAGCAUAUUUAUAUCAAAAUUAUACUUUAAGAAAAUUACCUUUAAUCGUCUCUUCAAGUUAUAUUUCUCAAAAAAAAAA